AUGGCGAAAGCCAUUCGCCAUCGUGGUCCUGAUUGGAGUGGAAACUUCGUUGCAAAUGACACAAUCCUUGCACACGAGCGGCUGAGCAUUGUAGGUGUUGAUUCUGGCGCUCAGCCCCUUGUCAAUGACGAUGGCACCCUUGCCCUGGCGGUCAACGGCGAGAUUUAUAACCACAGAAUACUGCGAAAGGGUCUGAAAAACCCGUACAGCUUCAAGACACAUUCCGAUUGCGAAGUCAUUAUCCCACUUUACCUGGAACAUGGUGUUGAUACCCCUAAAUUCUUAGACGGCAUGUUCUCAUGGGUCCUGUUUGACAAGAAAGAGAACAGAGUCGUCGCUGCACGAGACCCCAUUGGCAUCACUAGUUUCUACCAGGGGUGGUCAUCGCAAACGCCCGGUGCAGUAUAUUUCGCCUCAGAGCUGAAGAGCUUGCACCCCGUAUGUGACAAGAUUAUGAACUUCCCUCCAGGUCAUGUAUAUGAUUCCAAAACAAACACGACGACAAGAUAUUUCGAGCCUAAAUGGUGGGACCCCACCAACGUCCCAUCCACCCCCGUCGACUACAAACUUAUCCGUGAGUCUCUGGAAAAAUCGGUGCGCAAACGGUUGAUGGCGGAGGUCCCAUAUGGAGUCCUUCUCUCUGGAGGGCUAGACUCGAGCUUAGUGGCUGCCAUCGCUCAGCGAGAGACGCAACGACAACAAGAGCUCUCUAGUCAUCCAGUGGCUAACGGGGUUGACGGAGUGUCUUCAAACUCGGGUCUGAUCGCUCCAUUCGUUCUCUAUAGGCCUCCCCGAUGCCCCAGACACUAA